UUGUCUGCUAUAACCUGUGAAUACGGCAUUCUGAACGUUCGUGCUUAUUAUAAUGCUAAUUCAGAAACGCUUGUUGUAGAUGUUAUUGGAGCAAAACAAGUUAUUCCACUGGAUUCGAACGGGCUUAGCGACCCGUUUGUUGUCAUUGAACUUGUUCCCCGGAUAAAAUUCAGCAACUCCCCAACUUUCAAGACUCGAAUUAUUAACAAAACAUUGAGCCCGACAUUUGAUGAGACUUUCGAGUUCCACAUGUCUACACGUGAUUUUGAGUUGGGUAUGAUCCAUUUUAUCGUGAUGGAUCAUGAUUUCUUGAGAGCCAACGAUUUUGCUGGUGAAGCAUUUUUGCAACUAAACGAUGUCCCCGGAUACGGACCGAAUGCUGGGACUGCAUUGAAGCAGUUCAACUUGAUUUUAAUACAUCCGCAGAAUAAAGGUGCGCCUGCAUUUAGCUUACCUGUCGGAUCAUCUAUUCUCUCACUGUUGGAACGACGAAAAAACGACUUGAAAGCUCAAGAAUUUCUUCGGUCCUUGCACGUUGUCCACUAG